GACUGCGGCGCGAGGGGUGGGGCCUCAGCCGCUGUGCAGCCACGGACCAAUGAGCAGGCGCCGGACGACCCGUGGCCCAAUGGUGGCGGCGCGCGGGCACGCUGGGGGCGGGCCGGGCGCGCCGACUUUUCCAGAAGACCCGGAUAGUGCCUCCCGGCCACGCCGCGCCGGCUCUGAGCUUUCCGCACGCCGAGUCGCUUCCUUUUCCUCCACUGGAGCAGCUAUGGCGGCGGUCAAGACCCUGAACCCCAAGGCCGAGGUGGCCCGAGCACAGGCGGCGCUGGCGGUCAACAUCAGCGCGGCGCGGGGUCUGCAGGACGUGCUGAGGACCAACCUGGGGCCCAAGGGCACCAUGAAGAUGCUUGUUUCUGGCGCUGGAGACAUCAAGCUUACUAAAGACGGCAACGUGCUGCUUCACGAAAUGCAAAUUCAGCACCCAACAGCUUCCUUAAUAGCAAAGGUAGCAACAGCCCAGGAUGAUAUAACUGGUGAUGGUACAACUUCCAAUGUCCUAAUCAUUGGAGAGCUGCUGAAACAGGCGGAUCUCUACAUUUCUGAAGGCCUUCAUCCCAGAAUAAUUACUGAAGGGUUUGAAGCUGCAAAGGAAAAGGUCCUUCAGUUUUUGGAAGAAGUCAAAGUAAGCAAAGAGAUGGACAGGGAAACACUUAUAGAUGUGGCCAGAACAUCUCUUCGUACUAAAGUUCAUGCUGAACUUGCAGAUGUCUUAACAGAGGCUGUAGUGGACUCCAUUUUGGCCAUUAAAAAACAAGAUGAGCCUGUUGAUCUCUUCAUGAUUGAGAUCAUGGAGAUGAAACAUAAAUCUGAAACUGAUACAAGCUUAAUCAGAGGGCUUGUUUUGGACCACGGAGCACGGCAUCCUGAUAUGAAGAAAAGGGUGGAAGAUGCGUACAUCCUCACAUGUAACGUGUCAUUAGAAUAUGAAAAAACAGAAGUGAAUUCUGGCUUUUUUUACAAGAGUGCAGAAGAGAGAGAAAAACUUGUAAAAGCUGAAAGAAAAUUCAUUGAAGAUAGAAUUAAAAAAAUAAUAGAACUGAAAAGGAAAGUCUGUGGUGAUUCAGAUAAAGGAUUUGUUGUUAUUAAUCAAAAGGGAAUUGAUCCCUUUUCGUUAGAUGCUCUUUCAAAAGAAGGCAUAGUUGCUCUGCGCAGAGCUAAAAGGAGAAAUAUGGAGAGGUUGACUCUUGCUUGUGGUGGGGUAGCCCUGAAUUCUUUUGAUGACCUAAGUCCUGACUGCUUGGGACAUGCAGGCCUUGUAUAUGAGUAUACAUUGGGAGAAGAGAAAUUCACCUUUAUUGAGAAAUGUAACAACCCUCGUUCUGUCACAUUAUUGAUCAAAGGACCAAAUAAGCACACACUCACUCAGAUCAAAGAUGCAGUAAGGGAUGGCUUGAGGGCUGUCAAAAAUGCUAUCGAUGAUGGCUGUGUGGUUCCGGGUGCUGGUGCCGUGGAAGUGGCAAUGGCAGAAGCCCUGAUGAAAUAUAAGCCCAGUGUAAAGGGCAGGGCACAGCUUGGCGUCCAAGCAUUUGCUGAUGCAUUGCUCAUUAUUCCCAAGGUUCUUGCUCAGAACUCUGGUUUUGACCUUCAGGAAACAUUAGUUAAAAUUCAAGCAGAACAUUCAGAAUCGGGUCAGCUUGUGGGUGUGGACCUCAACACAGGUGAGCCAGUGGUAGCAGCAGAAGUAGGCGUAUGGGAUAACUAUUGUGUAAAGAAACAGCUUCUUCACUCCUGCACUGUGAUUGCCACCAACAUUCUCUUGGUUGAUGAGAUCAUGCGAGCUGGAAUGUCUUCUCUGAAAGGUUGAAUUGAAGCUUCCUCUGUAUCUGGAUCUUGAAGACUCUGCAAAGUGAUCCUGAGGAAUACAGCUGUGGAAUUUUUGUCCAAGCUUCAAAUGAUUUUCAAAGGAAUUUUCCCAUAUGAAAAAAGAGAACACUGGCAUCUGUUGAAAUUCAGAAGCUCUGAAAUUAUAAUGACAGUAUUUUAUUUUAAUUGCACUGAAGUGUACACACUUUAAAGCAGGUCUUUCACCCAGUGAACAGGAUGCUUUGCUUUAGCAGCAGUGACAUAAAAUUCCAUGUUAGAUAAGCAUAUGUUGCCUACCUUGUUAUUAAAUAUUCCUUGAAAAACAAAUUUUAAUGGUUUAAUAAUUUCAUGUGGAUGUAUGUUAAAUUACCAACAGUACCCUACUGAUAGAAGCAUUUGGUUUUAAGAUUUUUAUGCUAAUCUAAAUAACGCUUAAGUAAUUUAAAAUUUUGAAAGCCUCCCUGUUAGUAUAAAUUUCUGAGUAAAUUCAUUGGAUCAGAUGGACUUUUUAUGCUUUUGAAAUGGCUUUGCUAAAAUGCUCCCACCAAGUUAAGUUGUAGGAAAUGGGAAGAGGAGUAAACUAGAGGCAAGGGAGUUGAGAGAGCUGCAAGUGUAAAGGUGCAAAAACGGAAGAGGCAGAGGCAAAAAAAUAGUGGAAGGCGUGGUGACUAAGGGCUACGGUUAUUGGUGAAAUUCGAGAUUUGCAGGCUGUAUUUUCAAACUUCUGAGAUUUUGCUUAUGCAAAAUACUCAUUCCCAAACCUCUAGCGUCAUAUUUUUCUCACCCAAAUUACUACGUUUCCACGAGAUUGUUUAUAUAGCUGGUCUGCCUCUGCAGUCCUUGAAGGUGAAGUUGUGUUAUUAGGUUGUGUAUUUUGAGGGCUGCGCAGUGGCCUGCAGUGAGUGUGCAAUAAAUGUUAAGUUGAAACCU